AUGCCUCAGGGAAGACGGAAGGCCAUCUACAUUACAAAUACCACCCACGAGAAACAAGGUCCUGAGCUCGUGGCCAUGCCUUCCAAUUGUUCAGCUAGCACGGAACUGCUGGAACUGCUGGCUGAGCUCGUGGCCAUGCCGUACAACUGUUCAGCUAUCAUCUUCUUCAUCGCAACUAUCUUCGCAGGCUAUAUUGCACUCGAAUUCGUGCUCAAGGCCUUGCCCGGUGUUGUCGCCCAGGCCUUUGAUGGCAACUGCAGUGUCGUCUACGUUACUGUCCCUGGACCCAUCAUCACCGUCUCACUUGUCGCUGCUUCUCCUACGAACCCAGCUCGAGCAUCGCCCCACCCAGUCGUUUCAGUACUCUCAUCACGCGAACACCAGAGAUAA